CUAAGGCUAUUUAUAAACACAUACGUAUACGGGUCGGCACCUGACAACACCGUAUACUGUUCAGCGGUCUGUGUUACAGAGAAGCGUUUUGAGGUCACGGACAGUUUUGAAAGUGGAUUUUAACAAACACUGACCCAAUAGUUCCUACACGUCCAUCAAUUGUUGAUAACGAUAAGGCGAGAUUCCGUCUGGGACAUCAUAUCUCCAAACCAUUCAUGUACACGAAAAUUAAAUUCUGUGAACCGCGUUGUGAAGACAGAGUUUAAUGUUAUGACUCCUACCAUAAUUGACACGUGGAACACUCACACUCACGCUCCAGUGCUAUUUAUAAACACAUACGUAUACGGGUCGGGUCGGUACCUCUCAACACCGUAUACUGUUCAGCGGUCUGUGUUACAGAGAGCGUUUUGAGGUCAAGAACAGUUUUGAAAAUGGAUUUUAACCAACACUGACCCAAUAGUUCCUACACGAUAUAAUGCAUUAAAAAGGAAUGAUAAAUGUGCUUCAAGCUCUUGGAGGGAAACGCAUCGAUAUGACCUUUAUAAGCGACAACUGUGGUGCUCUUUCUUCUUUUAAGCUGAGCCCCAUACCCAGGAGGUAUUGCAUUACAGCUUUUGGAGUGCUGUGUUUUUUCUAUAUAGGAACGUACGUUAUUUUACGUGGCAAUUCCUUAACAACAAUGAAACUUUUCAAUCAAAAUGUUUGCCUAACUCCAAAUUGUGACGAUAAUAUUAUCAAGUUUAACCAAACACAUUUCGUCAAUAAAACUACGAAGAAAGUACUGAUGUGGACCAAGUUUUUCUUGGGAGGCUGGACGGAUGAUAUCGCAAUGUUCAUGAACAAAAGUAAGUACAGUUGUGUUGUGACAACAGACCGAAAUGAACUGGAGUCGGCCGACGCUUUGAUGUUCCAUUACCUAGACCUUUACGUCUGGGAGACAGUACCCGGAUAUAGAAGACCGGACCAGGUUUGGAUAAUGUACAACGCCGAAGCUCCUCCUCAUCUUCAUUAUACUGGAUUACCAUGGCUUAAUGCAUUUAACUGGACGAUGACUUAUCGAACAGAUUCUACAGUUCACGGUCCUUAUGGUGCAUUUGUUCCACUGACACCGGAAGAGAAAAUUAAAGCGUCAGAAAUGUAUCGUGGCAUAGACUACACCAUUGGUAAAACCAAGAUGGUUGUUGCCGUGAUAAGUGAUUGCCCGGAUGACGCGCAGAGAUAUCGACAUAUGCGAGAACUGCAAAAGUACGUUGAUAUAGACUUCUUCGGAAAGUGUGGAAAUUUAACUUGCCCUAGAACAAACAAUCCUGUAUGUAACUCAAUGGUAUAUAAGUUUCGUAUUGCAUUUGAAAAUGCCAAUUGCAAAGAUUAUGUGACAGAAAAAUUUUGGCACAGUUUUUCACGAAAUACUGUUCCAAUUGUUAACUGGAAAGGCGAUCAGGUUAUAAGUGCACCUCCAAAAUCUUACAUAAAUAUACAUGACUUUAACAGUGCCCAGGAACUGUCAGAUUAUCUUAAUCUGUUGAAUGCAAACGAUACAUUAUAUAAUGAAUAUUUUUCCUGGAGAUUGAAUUAUAAAGUUUUCGGAAUUAAUAUGUGGUAUCACUUCGAAAAUUUGUGUGCUGCCCUACAUACGCCGAGAGAGGCCCAGACUAUCAUAGACCCUGACAAGUGGAUCAGGACUGAUUCGUGUAACAAGUGGUCGAUAACUGGCGUUUUGCAGCGAAAAUGGGACAGAUUCCUAUUUGAUUGGGGUUGGUAAUCCACUGCAGAUACCCUUGGACCGAAGAUCGCCUGCAGUCACCCUUGGAAAGGAGCUCCUUAGCGAUCACAUUACCGUUAGGACAUGAGGUCCACUGCAGUCACCCUUGGACCGGAGGUCCUAAGUAAUCACAGUACUCUUGGGACAGGAGGUCCACUGCAGUCACCCUUGGACUUGAGUUCCUAAGUAAUCACAGUACCCUUGGGACAGGAGGUCCACUGCAGUCAACCUUGGACUUGAGUUCCUAAGUAAUCACAGUACUCUUGGGACAGGAGGUCCACUGCAGUCACCUUUGGACUUGAGUUCCUAAGUAAUCACAGUACCCUUGGGACAGGAGGUCCACUGCAGUCACCCUUGGACCGGAGUUCCUAAGUAAUCACAGUACCAUUGGAACAGGAGGUCCACUGCAGUCACCAUUUGACUUGAGUCCUACUGUAGUCACCUUUUGACCAAAUAUCCACUGCAGUCAAUAUUGUACCAGAGAUCCACUGCAGACACUCUCGGACAGAAAAUCAACUGCAAUUCCCCUAUGGACAGAAAGUCACCUGCACUCAGCCUUGGACUACAGUUCUACUGUAUUCACCUUAUGACCGGCGAUCUGCCCGGUCACCCUUGGACCUAAGAUCCACUGCAGUUAACCUUGUACGUGAGAUCCACCGCAGACACUUGUGGUCCAGAUUUCUACUUUAAAGAGACACACAUAGCUGGAAAUCCUUUCCAGAUCAAAUACUAGUGCGCCAAGGAUCCACACAAGGUACCAAGAUGGCCAGACCUUAACGCAAGAUUCAUAUGGACCAGACAUUCAGUUGAUGUUCCCAUGGGAUGAGUAUCUAUGCUAGAUUUGGCCGUAAACCCGAUUACAUUUCUGUGAACUGAACGUUAGACAGCACUGUGAGAUACAUCAGGUUCGGUCGCCAGGUUACUUGCGAUACAUGUGUGUUGGUAGACAAAGGGUAACAAGUAUACCCGUGGAUUGGGAUUGUGAAGCUUUACAUGUUUCUAGUUCACUUUUGAGUUUAUAUAAAAAUGAAGAGA